AUGACGCCCUCGCAGAAAGGCCGGUACGGAUGCGACGCGGCCCGUAAUCCUAAAUGGAGAUUAGCAGCUCCCCCCAUCCCCGCGGUGAAGCGUCCUGUCGGGGUACCCCAGCCAUGGCCGGUCCAUCCUCACCCGGCCGGACGUGUCCACGGGUCACACUUCCCUCCUCCUCCUCCUGCUGCUCAGCUCUUCCACACUCGACAUGCAGAGGAAAGCGCCGAGAGGCCCCAUCUCAUCACUGUCGUUCGCCCAAGUGGUCACAGCUCACUACGAAAGGUAACAGUGCUGUUGAACCGCAGGGGUGUGGUAUCCUUUGAGCAGCUGCUAUUGGAUAUCUCGGAGGCGUUGGGGUUUCCUCGCUGGCACAGGGCCAGAGUCACACGCCUGUACACCACACACGCCCGAGAGGUGAAGGGCGUGUGUGAAUUCUUUCGAGGCGAAGUGGCUUUCCUCGCUCUCGGUAAGGCUCGCCCUGAGCUGAGCAGCGUGCAGGAGGCUCUGGAGGAACUGUUCCCUGAGGAUUCGCACUACCGAGCCGACGCCCUGCGUGCCUGGGAGAGGAGACUCAGGCCGCCGCCGGACAAAGCAGCGAAGGCUGACAGCGGAUACAGUGAGGGGACGGACAGCAGCGGCACGAACCAGGAGACACACCAGGUCGCAAAUACAAAGAAUCACAAACACGUCCAGAAAUCUCAACAAAUAGACAAUCACAAGCUAGAGAGAUACGAUUUUGACUCCCAGAGGUCUGAAAAAAAGAAUGCAUGCAGAAAACCUGCUCAUCCUCCCAACCACCUGCAGAGACUGCACAUCAGGGGAGGCGUCAGGCAGCGGCAGGCCUCUGUUAUCGGCCCGUUUCAGCACGAAGAACGUUUUGGAGAGGAAGACAUACUGUCACCCGCCCUGUGUGAAAACUGCUUAUCGAGACGAGCGAAGCAUCAGGGUGCAGAGCUGAUCAACACGCUGUCUGGGAGGGUCCCGCUUCCUCCUGUGUCAAGAAAGCAAAAAGGAAGCCCUCCGACAGAGCAGGAAGUGAAGAAUGACACGCCACCUCCUCAGCCAGCCGGCGCAGGUCAGGAGAAAAGCUUGGUACGCUCACAACUUUUAAACUCCGCUUCAGAGGUGGGUGAAGUGCACACCGUCCCACAGAAGAAGACGAGCACGCUGGACCUGCCGUCAGAGGGCGGAGACGCCACCCUGUCGGACAUCGAGCAGUGCUACGACAUCGGACGCGUGGUUGGCGACGGGAACUUUGCGGUGGUGCGAGAGUGCCGCCGCCGUGACAGCGGCCAAACCCUUGCCAUGAAGAUCGUGGAGCGCUCCAAGCUGAUCGGCCGAGAGCACAUGAUGCAGAACGAGCUGAGCCUGCUGGGCAGCCUGUGCCACCCUCGUAUCGUGCGGCUGUUUGCGCACCAUCACACGCACACGCACUCCUACCUAGUGAUGGAGCUGGUGAGCGGAGGGGAUCUGUUCGAGGCCAUCAGUGAAAGUGGCAAGUUCUCAGAGGCAGCAGCAGGGCUGAUGGUGUCGGACGUGAGCGAAGCUCUGAGUUACAUCCACAGCAAGAGCAUCGUGCACAGAGACCUCAAGCCAGAGAACCUGCUGAUAGAGCAAGCAGCUGCUGGUGUCUGUCGGCUGAAGCUGGGAGACUUUGGUCUGGCCAUGGUAGUGACUGAACCCGUCUUCACCAUAUGUGGCACGCCUACAUAUGUGGCUCCAGAGAUCCUCUGUGAGACAGGUUAUGGAGUAGAGGUGGACGUGUGGGCUCUGGGCGUGAUCCUCUACAUCCUGCUGUGCGGCUUCCCUCCAUUUCGGAGUCGAGAUCGGGACCAGGAGGAGUUGUUUCAGCUGAUAAAGCAAGGACAACUUCACUUCCCGUCCCCUUACUGGGACUCCAUCUCGGAGGAAGCCAGAGGCCUCAUCAGAGCUUUGCUUCAGCCCGACCCCACAGUGAGGCUGGCAGCAGAGCAGACCCUCCAGCACCCCUGGGUGAAAGCCAUGGCUUCAGCCUGCAGGCAGAGGGCGCUCACAGACAGAAGUCUGAAGAACACUGGAGAUGUUGCAGCACAACCGGAAAGACUCCGGUUACCAGCUCAAACAAACUCAGAAGAGUCACAGGAAAGCAAAACAACAGCAGACGUUGGUAGCAAAGCAGGUAUCCCCCGUAAAGAUCUCAGAUUAUAUGAUGAGAAACAAAACAACCUUCUUCAUCCGCCCGUCAACACGAGCAAGACUUAA